AUGACUUCAACAAUCUCAUCUCUAUUUGGUUAUACACCCAACAUACUAGGGACACCAAAGCCCCCCCAGACACCUCCAAAGGCUCUUCCAGCUUCCUGGUAUCGCUCGCCUGAAAUGUACGAAUUAGAACGACGGGCCAUCUUUUCAAAAAAGUGGAUUUUGGUUACCCACAAACUGCGUUUUGAAAAGCCGGGAGACUUUUGUCGGUUCGAAGAGGCGGGUUUCUCCUUUGUGCUGUGUCUCGAUAGAGAAGGUAACCUCAACGGCUUUCAUAACAUCUGCCGACACCGCGCCUUUCCUCUGAUCUCUCAAGAUGAAGGCAAUGCGAAAAUACUUUCGUGCAAGUAUCAUGGGUGGUCGUAUGGCAUGAAUGGAAAAUUGGCAAAAGCCCCCCGGUUCGACAACGUACCGGGAUUCAAAAAGGAGGAGCAGGGCCUAUUCCCAGUCCAUGUCCAUGUUGACGAUCUAGGUUUUAUCUGGAUCAACCUCGACUCCUCUAAGACGCCCAUUCCUUGGCAGGAGGACUUCAAAGGAGUCGAUACGCAAGAAAGAUUCCAGAAUUUUGACUUCAGCCAGUACAAGUUCGACCACACAUGGCAUAUGAAUGGCAACUAUAAUUGGAAGACACUUGCAGACAAUUACAAUGAAUGCUAUCAUUGUACCGUUGCGCACCCGGAUGUGGCGAAUCUUGCGGACCUUUCCUACUAUUACACCGUUUCGACGCCUGGACACAUUCAACACUUCUCUCGACCGAAGGAAGACAAGGUAGAUGAAGAUAUUCAAAAUGCCAGCACCUACUAUUUCCCCAACGCUUGCAUGACAGUGUCACCUCAUUUCUUUUAUCUGAUGCGAUGUGUGCCAACUUCUGUAGGCACCUGCUCCAUGGAAUACGAAGUUUACCGUCACAAGAAUGCCUCUGAUAAGGACUUUGAGUACAUCGAUGCUUUCUUCAAGCGCGUAUUAGACGAAGACAAACAUCUUUGUAAUGCUGCUCAGAAGAAUUUGAAUGCUGGUGUGUUCGUGAAUGGACAGCUUCAUCCCGAGCUCGAGAGCGCCCCCCUCUUCUUUCAAAGUACCGUCAGACGCCUCUUAGGAGCCCAUCGUGAAGAGGAAAAGCGCCAGAGAAGGGAAAUUUGGCCAGCUCAGCAGCAUUCGGCGGGCUCGGCUACUGCGGAAGACAUGGAGUUUUGCUCCGGGUUAGCAUGCAGUGAGGGUUCUAGCAGUUUAGAUUGGUAG